AUGACGCAACGACAGGUGAAAGGGUGCGGGGUCAGCCAGCUGGCGUCCCCAGCUCCGACAGCUCGCAGCCGCAAGAACAGCCCUCGCAAGCCCAGCGGGUGCGGCAGCUCCUCCCGGCGAGGGGAGUCUCGCGGGCCGCAUUUCCCAGGGUGCCAAGGGAGCCCGCGCAGGCGCACUUGGAGAACCCGGCGCCGGCCUUCCUCCCAGAAACUGACGGGCCGCUGGCUCUCGUCCUGCCCCCGCCGCUCCCGGCUCCUCCCUGUGUCCCGCAGGCUUAACCCAGGGGCUCGCUCUGCUUGCUUCAGUGUGUGUUUGUGUGAGAGAGAGUGUGUGUGUGUGUCGCUGCAGGCUGGACUCAUGGCCUCGCCGCUGAGGUUCGACGGGCGGGUGGUCCUGGUCACCGGCGCGGGGGGAGGAUUGGGCCGAGCCUAUGCCCUGGCUUUUGCAGAAAGAGGAGCAUCAGUUGUUGUGAAUGAUUUAGGAGGGGACUUCAAGGGAGUUGGUAAAAGCUCCUUAGCUGCUGAUAAGGUUGUUGAAGAAAUAAGAAGGAAAGGUGGAAAAGCGGUGGCCAGCUAUGAUUCUGUGGAAGAGGGAGAGAAGGUUGUGAAGACAGCACUGGAUGCUUUUGGAAAAAUAGAUGUUGUGGUCAACAAUGCUGGAAUUCUGAGGGACCGUUCCUUUGCUAGAAUAAGUGAUGAAGAUUGGGAUAUAAUCCACCGAGUUCAUUUGCGAGGCUCAUUCCAAGUGACCCGGGCAGCAUGGGAACACAUGAAGAAGCAGAAAUAUGGAAGGAUAAUUAUGACUGCAUCAGCUUCAGGAAUAUAUGGCAAUUUUGGCCAGGCAAAUUAUAGUGCUGCGAAACUGGGUCUUGUGGGCCUUGCAAAUUCUCUUGCAAUUGAAGGCAAGAAAAGCAACAUUUAUUGUAACACUGUUGCCCCUAGUGCUGGAUCAAGGAUGACUCAGACUGUUAUACCUCAAGAAACUCUUCCUCCUGCCCCAGAAGAUUGA